AUGGCUGCAGCGCGUCGACAACCCUCUAUGCAGAUUUUUCAAGACCCCGUACUUCCGCACCAACAACAUCACCAAGUCUCGCCAUACGAUCCGCGCUACCUGGACGCCUUUGCCUCCGUCACCAACGUGUCGGCCGACUCUCACACCCUUCUCGCACCGCCACUACCACCAUCACACCCUUCACCCACCGAAGGCUCUCCCCGCAAGCCUCGCCAGGCCUCCAGCUCUCCCCCACCCAGCGCCCUUGUGGAAAAGGGCCUGAACACAGUCAUGCUGCCUCCACCCCAAGAGCAAUCCUUCCCAACGGACGCGCCAACAAAGAAGGCGCCGUCCUCCCUUGAAGCCCAAAACGCGGCUGACAUCCACUUUGGGACAAGCCUGUCGUCUCAGGCGGACAAAGAAAAUGCGUGCACAUAUUCCGAGCCCGCCGCCAUGAAUACCCCGUCCGCCUCUUCGGAACCAUCUGUACCUAGGAAGCUCGAAGUGAAGCAACAAUCCAUGGAUACCGCGCCACUGCGCGAUCGCAGUAAGAAGCAAAAAGUCAAGGAAGUCAAGCUCGAGGAGUCGGACGGACCACUACCAGACCCCGAUCAGAUGCCAGACGUCGAAGACGACGGCAAAAAACCUGCCUUUAGCUAUGCCCAGCUCAUCGGAAUGGCGAUUUUGCGAGCACCGACGCGCCGCUUGACACUGGCUCAAAUCUACAAGUGGAUAUCCGACACCUUUGCCUUCUAUCGCAACUCUCAGGAGACGGGUUGGCAGAAUAGCAUCCGCCACAAUCUGAGCCUGUGCAAGGCCUUCUCCAAGCAGGAGCGCCCCAAGGAUGACCCCGGAAAGGGGCACUACUGGGUCAUCAAUGCUGGCUUCGAGAAGACGUAUUACAUUGCCAAACCUACUCGCCGACCUACAAAUCCCGAUGGCUUUACAUCGGGAUAUCCUAGCGACGUGCAACGUCCAUCUACGUCAAUGUCUGCUAGCUUCCCGCCAAUGAGCUCAACCAAGGGCUUUGACUCGAGCAAAUUUCCCGAUGAGCCCGAGCUUCCUUCGUCAGAGGCCACUAUUCCCUGUUCAGACAUGGCGGCCCAUGAUGGGCAUGAUCCUCUGAGCAUGCCACCGCCUCGCCAGCUGCCUUCCUCUCCACCUCCCGCUGAUAUCCACUCCUCACCGCCCCCUCCCGUCUCGCGUGCCCGCUCGACACGCGAAGACACACCCCCUCGUGCUCCUCGCUUCCCAAGCAACAGUCGCUCAGGGGGACGGAGGCGCAAGUUCCACGGCCUCGGGGACAGCGGCUACUACUCUUCGAUUGAGUCGUCCGCGAUCAAGGGCAAUCCUCUUGGGCCGCUACUCACAUCGGAAGCAGAUCUCGAUCGCCCAAGCAUGAAGCGUGGACGGGCCGAGGAAGAGAUUGCUCGUAUCCGCGGCUCGUCGUACGACUCGCCCUCCAAGGCCAGACCGUACUUGAAGCAGCCCGACAAUAGCCAUCUCAUCUCGUCGCCGUUUAGACGACCCAACAAGACCGAUGGGCCUCUGACUCCGGCCAUCGUCUUCAAGCGCCCCGCUCUCCCACCUGCGUCUGCCUCGCCCAACACCAACCUGCGUAACCACCGGAACAAGAUGCGGGAGCUGGUCGGUGGCUCGCCGGACAAGAACCUGGCCAUGUGGGUGGACACAUCCUUUCUGGACAACAAGACCUGGAGCCCAGCCGUCUCCAUUCCCAAUGACGAGCAAGUCAACCUAGUUGGCCACGGCUUCGAGAGCACAUUUGACAUUUUUGGUGACUUUGGCUACAAUGAGAGUCCUAUCAAGCGCAGUGCGAAGCGACCCCGGCUCGAGCGUGCUGUUACCACUGGCGGCAUACUUGCCGACAUCACCAGCUCCAAGGGCAACAUGACCAACUCGCCCACUCCCAACUGGAAAAUGUCCUCUUCCUUUCUCAACAUUCCCGACCUGUCGCCUGUCAAGAAUCUCUCGCCGCUCAAGGCACCCGUUUUGAAGCCUCCCACCUCUGCCCCGGUAUCGGAAUCUUCUCUUCCCAGCCCAGCGAAGGAAAACGGUCGCACCAGCAUGGCUCCCCCGCCAUCGCUCCAUGCACCGGCAAAGUCACAACAGGACGAUGACGACAUCUUUCAUCUCCUACACAGUGACGAGUCUGAACCAGGCAUCGACCUACUCCAAGGCUUCGAGAAGAUUGGAGCUAGGACCUCUGCCGUUGCGCCUAACGGCUCGCCGCAGAAGAAGAUUUCAAGGCCCAGCAUGGCCCGCAGUUCUACUUCUCGAUUCUAA